AUGGGUGCUCACUGGAAGCGCGAAAAGGUCCAGGACCACAAGUUCGACUUUAUCAACGUCGAUGACUUUAUCGACAACUCGUGCUGGCGACAGUUUCGCUAUAUGAUGGUCUUCCUCAUCAUCAUCCGUGGUAUCCUUGUCUACUGCUCCGAUAUCUUCACCGCCGUCAACUUGUGGACCAACAAGAACCCCACCUCUUUCAUUAAGCCAAAUCGAGAUGGGCAACUCGACUUGGGUAUCGGAGGCAUUAAGCUGUCCAUGGAGGUGUACAAGUACCUCUUCACGGGCUGUAUCGUGCUUGGCCUUCUUCUCCUUGCCCUCGACAUCCGCAGAGCCAACGGUAUCAUCGCUUCCAGGGACAUUUCCUAUGCCUUCACCUCCCAGAUUGCAGCACGGUACUAUACCGUCCGCUCCUACCCCCAUUACUGCUUCUUUGCCGAGAUUGACAGCUCCAAAAAGUUUGUCGACAACGUCGCCUUCUUUGUCUUCUUCACCUUCAGAAACUGGAAACGCUUAUUACUCGCCGAUGCUCCUCGUCAGCUCAUCAACAUGACAAUGCUCUAUCAGGUUUUCAAGGACCAUUUCGACAGUACCUUCUUCGAGUGGAAUUCUUAUAUCGGCAGCGAGGAUUCAGAUCUCUUCAAGAAGAUCGCUCUCGGCGCCAUGAUGUUCACAGUGACAGUCUUCGUCUUCAACAUGCUCUCCUUCAUCGCCGCCGUUUGCAUGUACAUCCCUCUAGUCAGCCAUAUUCAGGGCAACCUCAAGGAGUACUGCUGCUACAAGAUCGACAAGCGAAUCGAAGAGUUGAUCAAGAAGAACACGAAGAACAGAGCCAACGCAGCAAAGUCCAAGGGCGGUAAGGACAUUGCCCUGGAUUACAUGGGAAAGCCCACUCUCCCCCAGGUCGAUAUUAUAGAUUCAGCGCCCUCCCCUGCGGCGCCACCUCCACGAAACCCCUACAACAAGGGUGGCUAUGGACACCAACAGCAGGAUUACGACUAUGGCUACAGCACUCAACCAUCAGGAGGAUACAACCCCAGCCCACAACAAGCCGGUUACACCCAAAACUAUGGCAACGAGGACUAUUUCCAGGCCAAACCUGUUUACAACAACAGCAGUAGCAAGGGCAACUACCAACAGCAGCGUGGCGGUGGUGGUGGUGGUAAGGGCGAUGGUGGAUUUGAUCCUUAUGCCGAAUCGGCAUUCACGACAGAAGACGCUUAUGACCAACACUCGGGCACCGGCAGCCAGGACCAACUUCAUUCCCAAAAGUCGCGCGACAACCACUACAACGCCGCCCAGACACCGCGUGGUGGAGGAAACAGUGGAGGCAGUGGCGUCAAGUAUGACGACUACUCGCACCUUAGAUCGGCGUCACCUUUGCCUUCGCAGCAUGGCUCUGACCUCGACAGCAACCAUUACAGCAACCAUAGCGGUACUGGGUACAACAACAGUAACACCAAUAACGGCGGAUAUUAUAGGAACGAUUCGUACUCGACGACGCACGGCAACAAUGGUAGUGGUGGAGGGGGAGGCACGCCGCAGCGUCCUCGCCGGAACGACCAAAGUUCCAACUACCGCAACUACUAG